AAAAUGACCACUCCGAAACACAGCUGACCUGAGCUGACUCAUAAACAAAUCAUAUCGAUGUGCUCUAUUCUCAACAAUAACGAACAAUUACUUGGGAAAGUAGGGGAUGGGUUCAAAUCAGCUGUAAAGUGUUAUCAACAUAUUUCUAAUGGACUUCAAACAAAUAAUGUUAUACGAAACGUGUCAGUUCGGCACUUGAUAUCUAAAUAUGACGCAACUGCUGCCAGUUGGAGUCGUAAAACUGUUUGUUAAUACCAGUUGUUGUUCAAAGACAUCGUGGUGUCGAAUUUCGUAAACAUUACCUGAUGAAAGAAAAAACAAACAAUUGUAUGGAGAACAUCGUGGUUUGGUGUACUGUGGUUCUAAAAGGGGGAACACAUAACCUAACAUCGCUGAAAAUUCGAUAAAAAUUAAAUGAAAGACGCGAUUUUUCAUACGCCGUAAAAAAUGCAUCCAUCUGUUCUCACGCUUUUCUUCAUCAUAGGCGCAUUCGCCACACAACAAACACCAGAGAAUCACAGUACAGAAUUAGCACCAGAACAAGAUGAUCCUCUUCUGAUGUUUGCCACUCUUAGUGGUUCAUUAGUUGGAGUUGGCCAACGAUCUGGUGAAAUACGAUGGCGCCAGGAUGAUGAGCCUGCUGUAAAAGUUCCACACAGUAUUCCUGAAACAACUAUGCCAAUGUUUUUACCAGACCCGAAGGACGGUACGCUGUAUCUUUUUGGUGCAGAUUCGGAAGCUCUGAAAAAGCUGCCGUUCACAAUACCGCAGUUAGUAGCUAGCAGUCCGUGCCGAAGCAGUGAUGGGAUUUUAUACACUGGAAGAAAGAUCGAUACGUGGUUUAGUGUGGAUCCUCAGACAGGGGAAAGGGAACAGGUCCUGGGUUUUAAUAAAGUCCAAAACACGUGUCCACUCGAAACUCAAGAUGUAAUAUAUGUAGGACGAACAGAGUAUAAUAUAAUUAUGAUAGACAGCAAGCAUAAGGAUAGAAAGUGGAAUGUUACCUUCUAUGACUACUCAGCUGCAAAGAUGGAACCUGAUUUUAUUGAUAAUUAUGACCUGAUGCACUUCACGACGAGUUCUACAGGCCGAGUUGUGACAUGGAACAGAAGAUUGGCAGUGAGUUUAUGGGAACUUGAUCUCGGAAGUCCAGUCAUAGCAGCUUAUGUCGUUAGUAAGGACGGAUUAGCAAGGAUCCCUUUUACUAGUGUCGCUGAAGAAGCAUUGGACAAAUUACUUGACAGAGAUACUAUGAAGCUGAAUGAUGUUCAAUUAUCCCCAACUCUUUACAUCGGGGAACAUUCCCACGGUUUGUACGCACUACCAUCAUUCGCGGAUUCAUCAACAGCGAAGAUAAUAUCCAGUAAAGGUGCUCGUUUGCUUUUGGAAGGGCCUCUCGUCACUUCGCAUAUUUCGACCAAUAAAAAUGGAAUCCCUCUUCCUGGAGAUCAUGUUCCCUCUACAGUGAUAGAAACCUCUGACAAUGAUUUCCAGAGCAUGAAUUCGGAAAAAAGCAUUAUCAUGUUAGGGCAUUACGAUAUACCAGCAGAAUAUAAGCCGCAGAAUUCGCCCCUUCAAAUCAGCGGACCUUCUGAUAAGAUAAUUGGGACGAAUCUUCCCUCCUCAAAUAAUUCAAACGUGAUCAACUUUUUAGCCGGGCAAUUCGUUAACUCGACAAAGGAAUACAAAGGCUGGCGUAAAUAUUUCGCUGAGCUUUACAACACUGCGAAAAAGUGGAUCAAUCAGCAAGAGAAUAAAGGAUUAAAAGUAGCGUUAAUCAUUUUAGUCGGCUGUGUUAUUACCAUGUUCUGGUACUUGAAUGCACAGUUCAAAGAGUUCCAGCAGUUAUCACAACAAUUUGACCAGGGUUCACGAGAAAAUAGUCGAACCGGCAGUAAUGGCAAGAAUGGAGAUGUUUACAUGCCUGAAGAAAUUGGAGAAGGGUUAGUUAGAGUUGGAAAGAUUAUUUUCAACACUAGUGAAGUCCUGGGGAAAGGAUGCGAGGGCACCUUCGUCUACAAAGGAGAAUUUGAUGGAAGACCCGUAGCAGUAAAACGACUUCUUCCUGAUUGUUUCACCUUUGCGGAUCGGGAAGUAGCGCUCCUGAGAGAAUCUGAUGCACACGCAAACGUUGUUCGCUAUUUUUGUACGGAGCAAGAUCGAAUGUUUCGAUACAUAGCAUUAGAAUUGGCAGAAGCGACUCUGCAAGAUUAUGUGACUGGGAGGUACAAUAGAGGAAAGAUAUCGAUAAAGAAUAUCUUAAGACAAGCUACCUCUGGGCUUGCACACUUACAUUUCUUAGAUAUAGUUCAUAGAGAUAUCAAGCCGCACAACGUCUUGCUGUCAGUCCCAGGACCUAGAGGAGAAAUAAGAGCGAUGAUUUCUGACUUUGGUCUUUGCAAAAAAUUACAAUUGGGUCGAAUGUCUUUUUCCAGAAGAUCGGGGGUAACGGGAACUGAUGGUUGGAUCGCGCCUGAAAUGUUAAAUGGAGAAAGAACAACUUGUGCAGUUGAUGUCUUUUCUCUUGGUUGUGUGUUUUAUUAUGUCUUGUCUGGUGGAAAACAUCCGUUUGGAGAUACUCUGAGAAGACAGGCUAAUAUUCUUUGUGGCGAGAGUGAGUUAACGGCUCUUCACGGAAUUUCCGAAAGCGACAAGGAAAUCGCACUUGUAUUAAUUAAAGCAAUGAUAACUGGUAACCCUACUGAACGACCACCGGCGAGCGCAAUAAAAAAUUAUCCCAUAUUUUGGAAUUCUGCUCAGAUUCUUAAUUUCUUUCAGGAUAUUAGUGAUCGUGUAGAAAAAGAUGAGCCCAGCAGUCCAGCACUAAGAGCACUAGAAACGAAUUACGAUAAAGUAGUGCGCGGUGACUGGAGGUUGCACAUUGACGUUGAAGUCGCCACUGAUCUUCGUAAAUAUAGAAGUUAUCGAGGAGAAAGUGUAAGAGAUCUGCUUAGGGCUCUAAGAAAUAAGAAACAUCACUACAGAGAAUUGACUCCAGAGGCGCAGUCUAGCUUGGGUGAAAUUCCUGAAAAAUUCACAGAAUACUGGCUGACUCGAUUCCCCAAUUUAUUAUCGCACGCGUGGUGUGCAAUGCAGAAGUUUCGUUUUGAACCUACUCUUAAGACAUAUUAUAAUGCCGAGUAUGAAUUUGCAUAUGAAGUUGAUGAACAGUAUAAUAGUACAAUGCAAAACAUUGAGGUACGACCUACACAGUCCUGGAGAAUGCAGAACACAGUUGACUGGAGUCCAAAUAGAAUGAGGUUUAGAAACCAAAGAAAAAAGCCAGACGAUAGACGAAAAAAAGUCGAAGAACCAAUUGUUUGGGCAUUACCACCUUCGAGUUAAGGUAAAAACAUUUUUAUGUACAUUACUAUUUCAAAAAGAGUUCUAUUUUGCAAAAAUCAUUAUGAAACGUCUCAAAUGUAGAAACUGUUACUUCAUAUUCAGUAACUCAAACGAGUUAUAUAGUUAAAUGAAUUUUUCUGCACUUAGAACCAUUAUUUGGAAUGACAAUUGUAAAUUUCAAUUUGACUGAGAUCUUGAAGAUUUCUUUAAAGUUAAGGUAGAUGUUGUAUUUCACAGAAUAUAAAAUAAUUCCUUAAAAAUUUUAUUUUUAUUUACUUUUUUAAAAAUGUUGUUCAUUUUACCUGCGACUAAUAGAUUAAUUUUUUUUUUGCUCUCAUAAACUUAAGUGUAUACUAAAGUUUAGGGCAACAAUUACCUUAUAUCAGAGGAUAAUUUAAUAACAUUAGGAUGACUUCGAUUGAGUUUUAAAAUAUGUAAAUAGAUACACCAAAUUUGUUGUUCGCUAAGAUUUACAAGAGUUAAAAUUAGAAUAUUGGAAUAAAAGGUAUUUUUUUAUGAUGUUAUGAUUUUUGAUGUGAGGGCCAUAAUUGAUUUAAUUUAUUCACAAAAAAUUGUCAUUUUAUUGAUCGUAAUAUUUUAAUCUGUUAGUCGAAUUGAUUCUUUUAAAUAUUCAUCUUUAAAGAAAUAUAAAAGCAAAUGAAUAACUUAUUAGAUUUAAUUUUGUAGAUAUGUGAUACAUGUUAUAAUUUUUUAUUGACAAGUGAAGGAUUUACGAAAUAUGCAUAGUGUUUUGCAUAAUAUAAUGAAAAUACAGUGGCAGGUUAACGCCCUACCGAAAAGAAUCUUUGAGUAUAUACUAAAAAUUCUUUAGGUCAAAGAAGCUCAGAGAAAUUC